AAAAUAUUCUCCGCUUAGUUCAUUUUUAAUUAUUUAUGCAUCAGAAUAUCAUACCAAUUAAUAAAUUUGAAAUGUAAAUAUAACCUAAACUCGAAUGUACACAUGCUCGUUAUCGUUGAAUAAAUAUUGUUUAUUUAAAACUUGUAUUAUGCAUAACUGUCAUCAAUUAAUGUAAUAUGAAAAAUGAAGAAAAUCACAAAAAGAAUUCAAGAACGACAACAGGAGAAAAAAAGAGCUUUAUAUGUUCGCCUUCCGCAUACGAUAAAAGAUGAGGAAGAUGUAGCGAAAUUAUUUACUGGUAAUUUCAAAGUAAAUCUUCUUCGACAAUCUAGAAGAUACUGCUAUGUAAUAUUUCCUAGUCGAAGGGAGAAAGACAAAAAUUGGAAAGCAGUAAAAGAUAUAAAAAUAGAUGGAAAACGUGUGGUUGUUGGUCCAGCGAUAACUAAAGUUGAGAAGAAACCUCCUACAAUAAGAAAAAAGAUUGUUAUACCCAAAAUAAAACCAGAUACCAAAGUAACAAGACACUUGUUUGUGUCAAAUAUCAAAUGUGGAACAAAGCGUGAUGAACUGAGGGCAGCUAUUCCAGGUUGUCUGACUAUUAAAAUGUUGGAACCAUAUUCAGAACAAUCUAGAGCUGCAAUAAUUAAAAUGGAAAGUGCUCAAGCAGCAGCAGAGUAUUUAAGAAAAGUGAGAGAAGCACCAACUGUGGCAGGGAGAAAAUUAAGAAUAAAUCCUGAUACUAGAAAUAGGCGCAGUAAAUGUACACCCUUCAAAAUUUAUGAUGAACAUGGCAAAUCAAUACAAGGGCCAGAAUUCAAAGAAAACUGAAUUUUUGGAUUAUAUUGUACUUUCAAAUAUAACAAACAUUUUUCUGUUUUUUAUCAAA